CAGCAGAAGGCCGUGCCCGCAGCUCACCUAACUUUCGUCAUCGACUGUGCUAGUGGAAAGCAGCUCUCCCUGGCAGCACCCCCUGUGCCACCCCAAGGCCCCGGUCCUUACCUAGGACCUGUCACCCCUCCAAUGAAGACCUAUAUCUUGUUCUGCGGGGACAGCCAGCCCCAUCUGACUCAGGAGGCCAUCCUGGGUGGGGGGCACAUAGCCCAGGCCAGGGGCACCCUGCCACCCUGCAGAGGGACUGUGGCCCCAGCUUCCUCCCCACUCAGCCCACUAUGCCCCCAGGGGGCCCCUGAAGCCAAGGGGAGCCCCUUAAAGACAAUGCCUACAAGGUAUUUGGCUUGGGAAACGGUCAUGGGCUUGCUCAAAGCUUUCUCCUCCUGUGUCUGUGGGCAGGAAGAUUAACUGGAACAGCCUGACCAUGGCAGGAGCGGGUU